AUGUCGGACCAGCGAUGGGGUAAUAACACAGAGCUACAACACAGAUCAGUUGUCUCUUCGUUUAUUUUCUGCUUUACAGAUGGAAAGCCUCAAAUUGCUUUGUUUAAGCGAAGCGAUAAAGUCAGCACUUAUCAGCAUCGCCUCGCCCCCAUCUCGGGGAAUAUAGACCAACCCGAAUCACCCAUCGCGGGGGCCUGGCGCGAACUGAACGAAGAAACGAGUCUGACGCAACAAGAUAUCGAACUGUGGCGCCAAGGGAAACCCUACACUUUUAGUGACCCAUCAAUUGGACGUCAAUGGAACAUCCACCCAUUUGCAUUCCGACUCAAACGCCGCGAUGAAGGUGGUAGAGGCGAAGCCGCCAUCAAAAUCGACUGGGAACAUGAGGAGUGGGACUGGUAUAACCCAGAGGAAGUGGUAGAUGAAGAAAGCUUCGGGGGCGUGCCCCGUCUGGCAGAGAGCUUACGGCGUGUCUACUUCGAAUUGGAGAUGAAUGAGAAAGCCAGCGGUGCACUACGAUCGGGUCUCGAGCAGCUUAAAACAGACCACUCGAGUGGAUCACACGAGUUGACAACACUUGCCCUCAAGGCUUUCCGAGAUGUUGUCGUACAUCUAAAAGAUGAUACUGAUUGGUGGAAGACUGCUCGCAUGACUGCCUGGCAUCUCUGGAAAAACGGGCGUGAAAGCAUGGGAUCGGCGACUCUAAAUGCACUCCUCGGGGUUCUGGCUGAUAUUGAUGAUAUCAAGAUGCGAGAGCCCCAGAAUCAAUGGCAUCGUAUUCUGACCGUGUUGGAUCACCACUUGGAGCGUCGUCGCGAGAUGGCUUCGCACAUCAAGGAAGCAUUCAAUGCCUAUUUACAUUCGAGCUUCCUGCCCAAUAUCCAGUCUCGGGAGAAGAACAGAAUCACCAUUCUCACUCUAUCGGCAAGCUCAACCAUCCGAGAUAGUAUCUUGGAUGCCUUCAUGUCGCUGCCCAUGUCACACUUGGAUCUACGGAUACUCGAGUCAAGACCUCUCUUCGAAGGAGCAAGCAUGGCUUCUUCGCUAUUGUCGGAAUUCGAAUCAAAGUUCCCUCCUUCAUCGGGCCAGCAUCUACAUAUCAGCAUCUAUACCGAUGCUUCAGCCGCACUUGCUGCAAAAGAUGUGGACUUUGUUAUAUUGGGUGCAGAUCGCAUUUCCAGUUCAGGAUCCGUCAGUAACAAGAUCGGAUCUCUCCCAGCUGUUCUCUGCGCCAAAUAUACAAGUCCAAAGGCCCGGGUUCUGGUCUUUAGUGGGUUGGAGAAAGUGGCAGAGCCUGGUGCUGAAGAGGAUCAUGAAGCAGAGGAGAAUGAUCCAAUGGAGAUCAUCAGUCCGUGGGUGGAUAGUGGAGUCAAGGCUGUCAACCAACUACAGGAAGCUAUUGGAGGUAGUAAAACGGAGACUUCCAACUGCGUGGUGGACGUGAAGAAUAUCUACUUCGAGUGGGUAGACGCGAACAUGAUCGAUGCCUUCAUCACCGAGGAGGGAGCUUUGGGGGCAACUGAAAUCCGGAAAAAGGCACUGGAAGUGAAAGAGAAGGUGGAUAAAUAUUUUGGCUCUUUCUAG